UAAAUUUAUGGCAAUGUGCGGAUGCACAACAAUAAAAAUGUUUCUUGGGAUUUGUCCAAGACAAAGCUUUUCAACAACUGCUUAUAGCUUGAACAGGUUUAAGAGUCAGAAAAAAUUACUAUCCAAAGGUUUUGGAGCCAAAUGGAGAAUUGCAAAUGGUAAAGCAUUGGAUAAUAAGAAGUAUGGUCCCUUGACAGAUCUUCCAGAUUAUUCAUUCUUAGAUGGAAGACCUGCACCACUGACAAUGGCACAACAGAGGAGACUAGAGAACAGAAAACAAAUUGCUGCAAGAGUACACGAAUUGAUGGGGGAACUAAAUUUUGCCAAAGAGCGCCACAGAACAAGGAUGGGCAAUAAACAGAUAGAAAAACCUUUUCCACUGAAGCCCAAAUCCUGAUAUUUCAUAUUUUACCUAGUAUAUGUGUAUGUUUUGUUUAUUUUGUAAAUAAAUACAGUGAACAUA